AUGAAGCUCAACAUCUCCUACCCGGCCAAUGGGUCGCAGAAGUUGAUCGAGGUCGAAGACGAGCGCAAGCUGCGCGUGUUCAUGGAGCGCCGCAUGGGACAAGAGGUGCCGGGCGACAGCUUGGGCGACGAGUGGAAGGGCUACAUCUUCCGCAUCACCGGCGGCAACGACAAGCAGGGCUUCCCCAUGAAGCAGGGUGUUAUGCAUCCCACGCGUGUCAGGCUGCUGCUCGCCGACGGCCACAGCUGCUACCGCCCGCGCCGCACUGGUGAGCGCAAGAGGAAGAGUGUGCGUGGGUGCAUUGUCGGCAUGGACUUGAGUGUGCUGGCGCUUGCGAUCGUAAAGCAGGGCGACGAGGAGGUUCCUGGCCUUACGGAUACCGUCCACCCUAAGCGCCUCGGCCCCAAGCGUGCCACCAAGAUCCGCCGCUUCUUCGGUCUCAGCAAGGAAGACGAUGUCCGUCGCUACGUUAUCCGUCGUGAAGUCCAGCCAAAGGCAGAGGGCAAGAAGCCGUACACCAAGGCACCGAAGAUCCAGCGUCUCGUCACCCCUCAGCGUCUCCAGCACAAGCGCCACCGGAUCGCACUCAAGCGUCGUCGCGCGGAGGCUAGCAAGGAUGCAGCGAACGAGUACGCUCAGAUCAUGCACAAGCGCGUCGCGGAGGAGAAGGCCAAGCAGCAGGAGAUGAGGAAGAGGCGUGCGUCCAGCAUGCGCAAGUAG